GCAGGUCAGCCUGUUGUGCUUGAAGGAAACAAAACAGUAGAAGAAGAAUCCACUUCCGCCGAGGGACGCGCAGCCACAGCGCGCAGGUGUGUGCGCAGCUAGCCGCGCUGUUCAUUAUCAGCCGCGUUGCUACGAAACGGGACAAAAUGCCGUCUUCUCAUGUGGUGACAGGAUAGUUGAGCAGACUAGUUAUUUAAUUGUUUUCAUCCUGGCGUCGUGCUGAGUCAUUUCGAUAUUUUUUCUUUAAAAAAAAAACAAAAAACGGUGGCGCCGUGAAGCUAACGAAGAGCUAGCUAGUGCGAGCUAGCUGUGCCAAAGCGGAGCCAAGAUGGACGCGGCGAGCAGAGAGGGGGACAGGGCAGGAGACAGACCCCACGGCGGGGACACGGCGUCUGAAAACAACGUGGGGUCGUCGUCUGAGGACACCGGUGAUGGAGUGGCCUUGACCUCCUAUUUUCCCCUUUUCUAUUUUUAGGGGUUGGGGUUUUCUGCUGUCGGGAUUGUGGAGAAGCCUUCAGAGAGGAGGCAGCCUUCUUGGAGCAUUGCCAUCAGCACCCGCAAGAAACCGUCUAUUUAGACGACCAGCUGGAUGAUUUACAUGAAGCAGAAAAGGACAGUGAGACAGCCAAUUUCUGUACUUUCUGUUCACUCUCAUUUGAUGAACCAAACGAGUUUCACUUGCACAUGGAGAACCACGGUCACACCUCCCAAAAGGGAUCUACUAUUCAAAUAAAUUCUGGGAUAUCAAAGCAGCACACCUACGAAUGUCCAGACUGUGGGAAAUGUUACGGUGUGCUGGGGCACUUUCUCAACCAUCAACGCUCACACAAACAAGCCGCCAAAUCGGUUUUUCAUGACCUUGAACAUUUAAAAAAGAAGUCGUUUCAGUGCGAGUCCUGUGGGCGGAACUACUCUCGCGCUUCAGCUCUUGAUGCACACCGUCGUUGUCAUGAGGAAAAAUUAAUAAAAUCACGAAACAGAGGUUCAGGAGAUGCAUGUCACACUGAGGAGUCAACAGUUGAAGCCAAGCCCAGUGAAAAUCAGACGGAUGACACUCCUGAAAAACUUUUUAAGUGUUUAUGUGGCAAAGCUUUCACUGCUCUGAUGCGCCUUAAAACACAUCAGCGAUUUAGCCGCAACAGGCAGUGCUCUCCUGAAGAAAUGAAAGAAAAACCAAAGAAGAACGGCAAUGAGUUUUACUGUAGUCAAUGUAAUAAGGGUUUCACGGGCCAUAUUGCUCUAUUCAACCAUCAGCGAUGGCAUGCCAAUCACUCAAAUGACUCAGCGAAAAGGUUCCCAUGUGAAGAAUGCGGAAAGGAAUUUAUGACUCUGACGUUUUACUACAGGCAUCAGCGCAUGGUACAUAGUAACGAAACUCCAGCAAAGUCGUUUCUUCAUCAGGUGUGUCAGCUACAAAAGAAGGCAUUUGAAUGUAAAGAUUGUGGGCUCAAGUUUUCCAGGGCUUCAGCACUCCACUCCCAUCAACUUCAUCAUACGGAUGUUUUUAAAGAAUCAGAGAAGGAAUCCCAGACGCAGCCGACUCUCCAAGAGAAAACUUUGGAAAGCGAAACAACAAAAGAGACUAAGCAGGAACCAGAGGAACCUGAGAGUCUGCUUUCUACCAAUAUGGCUGAAGAAGACUCACAUGUAAAUGAGACUGAUGAAGACAUGGACAGUUAUGAACCUGGGGACUUUAAUGUACAGGUGAUCAGUGCAAGUGAAUCAGAGGACGAGCCUGUCCAAGACCUGAAUCCCGAUCUUGAGCUGCUUUGUGAAUCAGAUCAGGAAGUAAGAGAUGACGACGACGACACUGGAGUUUUCUCCGGCAGCACUGUUUCAAAACCAGAGAUGGAUUUGAAAAUUGUACAAAUUGACUUUGAGCAAGCUGACAUGCAUUGUGCACCGAUAGUGAGGGAAGCCGAGAAUAAAACGACAGAGGAAAGAUUUGAUUGUCCCGAGUGUUACCGUUGGUUUUCUAGUGCUUCAUCACUGCGCGUUCACAGAAUGUGGCAUGGCAUUCAUAAGAGAAGACAACAGACUCAAGGUCAGUCAGAGGCAGUCUACACAUGCGACACAUGUGGCCAUGAAGCCAGUAGCUAUGCAGCACACUGCAGUCACAUACAACAACACAAUAAUGAAAACACGAGUAAUGUAUUGUACAAGGCAGAGGGAUUGGAGAAGAAAAAUUUGACAUGCAGCGAUUGUGGUAAAUGCUUCUCACGUUUGUCUGCUUUGGUCUCUCAUCAGUUACAUCAUCCUAAAAGAAAACCAUUCCAGUGCCCAGAUUGCUUGAUGUCUUAUUUGCAUGCAGCUAACUUGUAUAACCACAUGAAAAACUGCUCCUCACAAAAGAAGGAGAAUAUUUCAGUCACUAAGAAAGAGUACAAUCCAAAGAAAACCCUUCUAGGCCCAAAGAUUUAUCAUUGUGAACAGUGCGGGAAGGGUUUUUGGUCUCUAGGCGCUUACUCUCACCAUAAACAAAGUCAGACUCAGUGUGCAGAUUUGAGGCUGAGAAAAGGAUCUUUGCACUCUGUUAACGGACAUCCACGCUCCACUGUUAAGGUCGCGUGUCCAGUGUGUGGUAGAAAGUUCCGUCACAAGGGCAUUAUGGCAUUGCACAUGCGAAAACAUGAAAAUGGAAAUCAUAAAUGUGAACUCUGCAACAGGUCAUUCCGUCUUUUUUCCAGCCUCCUCAGACACCAGGUUGUGCAUAAUGACCAGUUACUCCCACCGCCUAUUAAGUCUUUCCAGCAUCAGGUCGAGCAGUUGAAAAAGAACACGUACAGCUGUCCCGACUGCGGGAAGUUGUUCUCACGGGCCAAAGCGCUUCAGUUUCAUAUGAAAAGCCACGGGUACGAGACUGGGCACUCGCCAUCAUCACCGAGAUCUACUGUCACUCUGGAAGAUCUCCAAUGUGCAACAUGCCUGGCACAUUUCAACAACAAGGCCUCUUUGAGGGCUCAUCAAAAACUUUGUAUUAAAAGAGACAGUCGAGCAGCUGAAUGUAAGACAGAGCCCUCAGAAAAGAAUGACAUAGAUAGUAAGGAUGUCAACGCACAGGAAAUGUCUGUGCAAAUGACAGCUGAUACUGAAGUAAAUGACAGUGGGGAGCUAAAAAUGGAAAAUCAAACAGGUCUUGGCAACUUAGAAAGUACAAGCGAUUUGAAAUACAAAUGUGACAAGUGUGACAAAAGUUUUUCGGUGGUUGGAGCUUUGAAUUUUCAUAAAAGAAUUCAUGUUGAAGAUUCCAAAUCUGUAGCAAAAGCAAAACUGUCUGUAAUUUUUAAGAAACCUAAACAAGAAGAGCCAAGUAAAGGACUGUUUCACUGCGCAGAAUGUGGGAGGCGCUUCAUGUCCAACUCAGCCCUCGGCUCCCACAAAAGAUGGCACAAAGAAAAGAAAUUCUCACGGUCCCUGCUAAAAGAUGACGAUUCGAAAUCUGUUAGCUACAAGUCAGAGGGUGGACCUUUUCAGUGCCACAAAUGUGGCAAGCAGUUUUUUAACCAUUGUGUUCUCCAGCGCCACCAGAUGUUUAAUCCUCAGUGUCAGAUGAGAACUGAGUCAGAGCUUGAUUUGAACAAAAGUUCCCAGAAAGAUGACUUUUCAUGUCCACAGUGUAGCAAAACAUUUGUGCAGGAGUCACUUCUAGCUGCCCACUGUGAAAAUGAGCACAGUAACACUUUGGAAGCUGCUGAUCUUCAAGGAGACAGGCUCAACUCAGUUGACCAGGUCCCAGAACAAGCUGUUAACUUCAGUGGGAGUGAGUCCAUGUCAAAGACAUUGAAGCCAAAGGCUCACCAGUGUCCCCUCUGCUUUAUGACCUUUGCUAAAGCAAGAGGUCUGCGUGCCCACAAAUGGCAGGCCCACUCAAAGAGGACAAAAGGCAAAAAUAAGGUUUCUUUGAGUAUAAAAAAAGAGAUCAUAGCCUCAAGCAGUGAAGUCAAAAAGACAGAAGAUUCACCAGCUGUAGGUAGCGCCACAGUGAGUAAUAGCCCUGUUGGCAGAGGAAAGAAGAAAAUCAGAACAGAACCCCCACCUGUGAAAUUUAUCUUAUGCCUUGACUGUGGAGAGCAGUGCAGUUCAGCAGGCAUUCUCCUUGACCAUAAGAAAGUAUGCCUGAAAGUAAAACAUGAGGCCAAACAGGAAAACCAAACUCCUGAAAACACAGCUGAGGUUUUCUCAUCUCUUAGCCGCCUGUCGGAUCAUACAGCCAAAUGCCUUUUCAAGUGUGAUAAGUGUGGGAAAGCUUUCCAAACAGAGGAACACUUAGGUACCCAUAAGACAAAGGCAAAGAGCCGGCCUUAUUGCUGCGCCCUGUGCUGCCAUGGCUUUUGGACAGAGAAUCAGCUGCAGCAACACCUCGCCUGGCAUGAUGAGGUCCGCUGUCGUCUCCCGAAUGAGGUUCGCUAUAGGCUCAGUGCUGCUAUAACCUCAAAGCCGCUAAAACCCAACAUCCCGAAGUCCUUUCCAUCUUCCACUCUGAACCAAGCUACACUUAAACCAGACAGCCAGUCGCAAAGUAGCCAUAAGUGCCAACAUUGUGGCAAAGCCUUUCUUUCACCGACUGCAUUACAGAAACAUGAAACUCAGCACUGUAACAAUGACUCAUAUCACUGCUCUAUUUGCCCGCGGACCUUCAGUGAAAUUCAGGACCUUAUCGAUCAUCACCAGGAAUGUAUCGGUGAUAACAAAAGGCAGAGUGAUAUCCCUGCUGCUGUUUCAUCAGUUGAUACCAAUGGCCUUACAUGCCUUAAAUGUGGAACUACUUUUUGUCAAGAAACUGAUUUGCACCAGCACUAUGUUGAACACGCCCGCGGACUGUAUUAGAGUAAAUGACACUGUAGAUUUUUGUUGUUUGGAGGUUGCCAAACUACUUAAAUGUGUGAACAAAUUACUUGUUAGAUGUUUGUUUAGGUUAAGUAGAGACACGAGUUUGAUUUGUUUCUAUAUUAUUUGGGAUCCUUUUUUAUAUUUCAAGCACUUCCUUUGGUUAUAUUCCUCUUCUCAGGCUUUCCUUUACACUGGAUUAGAAGAUGUACAAAUGUUAAAGGAGAAUUACCCCUUUUAGAUUUCACAAAUGUAUAGUUUUGAGCCAUGUUGAUCUGUUUGGGGGUCACUGAAUGAAGUAUGGUAGUUGAUAUAUAAAAAAAAAAGAUUCAGAAACAUUUAUGCAUGUACAUGUUUGUCCUCAUGCACUUAAAAAAAAAACAAAAAAACAAUGACAGUGCUGUUGAAACACUAAUAACGCAAAGUUUUUAAGAGGACUGAAAUAAUUCUGCGCAACAAAUACAUACAAAUUUUGCUGGUGUUGCUUUAAACACCUGAGGUUUGACCAAACAAGGUCCAAUUUGCAGAAAAGAUAAUGUGCACUGUUUGUAUAAACUGGUUAAAAAAAGAAGUCCUGGUUGUUGAAGUUUUGAGCUGAACCAGUUACUACCAUAAAACUAAUUUAACAACAAGUAAUUGUAUGUUACGUACAAUACUUUUUUUCUUUUCUUUUUGCAUUAACUGAUGUAUAAGCUCCCAUGUUUUUUCCUUUUCAGUGUUAUAUUUCUAUGUUGUGGGAAGAUUACUUAAACUAAAAUAGAUAGUUGUUAGUGUACUGUACCACUAAUCCAGUGGGAAAAAGUAUUUGUAUAGUUCGACAGAUGUUAUACUAUAUUAAUUUAUGAAAUUCUUUUCUCUCUAGAUGACCAAUAUACCGUUUGACUACUUGUUUAACUUGCUGUUUCUGAAACAAUGAAGAAAAGGUUCUCUAAAAAGUUUAAAAUAAAUUGAUUAACUUUUGCGUGAA